ACACACUACCUAUUAGUGGAGCUUUUAUGAUUUUUACAUGUUUUCGUCCGAAAGCGACUCAGCUGUCUCAGUCUGCAGGAGAAGAGACAGGACGUCAGACAGGACGCUACGAUGAUGGCAGAAGAGCUUUUGAACACUCUGGAGGAUUUAAAAGAUGAGGAGUUUAAACGCUUCAAGUGGCAUCUGCAGCAUUUUUGCAGCCUGGAAGACUACCGAGCCAUCAAAGUGUCCAAGCUGGAGAGGGCAGACAGGCAGGACACGGUGGACCUGAUGAUAAAAACAUAUAAAUUUUAUGGAGCUCUGACGGUGACCAAGAAUAUUUUUAAAAAGAUCAACAGGAAUGAUCUGGAGCAGCAUCUGGCAGACACCAGCUCAGGACGACAAGUCUCUAAGCAGAAGCCAGUAGACCAGUAUGAGGCUGACGGUGAAGAAGCGGGCGGACCAAGCACCGGACAUGAGCCCGUAACUCCACAGGGGCCAGAUUUAGCUAUUACAUCUGUAAACCUUGCCUGUGCUUUUAAGCUACUUUCCGCCGUGUCCAUGCCACCGGCAGAGGUGACGGAGGAUACCAGAGGAUGCCAAACAUUCCCAAUAACUCAAGAGCAAGACGGGAUGAUUCCAGUCCCAGAGAAACGACACAUCUCAUGCUACCAAAAGAUGCUUCAGUCGAACCUUCAAGACAAGUUUAUCUUUGCAGAAGAGUGGCAGAAGAAGAACGGGCAGUGUCUGGAUGAUAUCUACACAGAGCUGUACAUCAUAGCAGGGGGUGACGAAAACAACACAGGGCACGAGGUCACUCAGAUUGAGGUGGGAUGGAAGCCAGCAUUGACAGAGAAACCGAUUAUAACGAGUGACCUGUUCAAACACCCCUCUGGCAAAGACAGACCUGUAAGAACAGUGCUGACCAACGGAAUCGCAGGAAUUGGAAAAACAAUUCUUGUGGGCAAGUUUGUGUUGGGCUGGGCUGAAGGAAGAACCAAUCAAGAUGUGCAUCUCAUUUUUCCGCUCACCUUCCGCGACCUGAAUUUAAGGAUGAGAGAAAAGAUGUGUUUGGCAGAGCUCAUUCAUAAAUGCCUCUGGGGAACCAAAGACAUCAAGAGAGAAGCUCUCAAUUACAUCUUCAGAACUCUGCAGUCAUCAGGAAACACCAACUACGACAAGAGCAAAUUCAAACUCCUGUUCAUUUUGGAUGGACUGGAUGAGAGCUGCAUUGACCUGGACUGCUCCACCGUGAAAAACUUGGAGGAAGACUUCGAAGGGACAGAGUCCGUCUCAGUGGAUGUGCUGCUGAAAAACCUCAUCAGGGGGAAUCUGCUUCCUUCUGCUCGCCUCUGGAUAACCACACGACCUGCAGCAGCCCAUCAGAUCCAUUUAAAUUUUGUAGACAUCAUGACGGAGAUCAAAGGCUUCACCGACCCACAGAAGGAGGAGUACUUUAGGAAGAGAUUCGGAAAUGAGAAGGCCAUCAGGAUCAUCUCUCACAUCAAGGCAUCACGAAGCCUCCACAUCAUGUGCCACAUCCCGGUCUUCUGCUCGAUCACUGCUACAGUCCUGGAGGAGGUGAUGAAGACCAGAAAAGGAGGAGAGCUGCCCAAGACCCUGACUGAGAUGUACGCAGAAUUCUUGAAGAUUCAGAUUCAUCAGACGGAAAAGAAGUAUGGCCCAGCAAAGUGCGUCCAGUACAUUAAGUCAUUAUCAAAACUGGCUUUCCAUCAACUGGAAAAGGAGAACCUGAUCUUCUCUGAGAAAGAUCUCAAAGAGAGUGGCAUUGAUGUCAGUGGAGUCUCCGUUUACUCAGGAGUGUUCACACAGAUCUUCAAAGAGAAACAAGGGAAGAAGAGAGAUGGUGAUGAAGACAAGAUGUUCAGCUUCGUCCAUCUGAGUGUUCAAGAGUUUCUGGCUGCUUUAUAUGUAGAGAGGGCACUCAUAAACAGAAACAAGAAUGUGAUAUCUGACCCGGGACAAACAUGCGGCUUGGUUUUCAGCAAAACUUCUAUGACAGAGGUCCACAGGUGUGCUAUUGACAAGGCCUUGAACAGUCCAAAGGGUCACCUCGACUUGUUCCUCCGAUUUCUCAUGGGCCUGUCACUGGAGACCAAUCAGAGUGUCCUAAGAGACCUUCUGAGAAAGAAAAGAAGCUUGGAGACCAAUCAGAUGACAGCUGAAUACAUCAAGAAGAAGAUUGGUGAGAAUCUCUCUCCGGAGCAGAGCAUCAACCUGUUUCACUGUCUGAAUGAGCUGAAUGAUCGCUCUCUGGUGGAGGAGAUCCAACAGUCCUUGACUUCAGGAAGUCUGUCCACAGAUGAACUGUCUCCUGCUCAGUGGUCAGCUCUUGUCUUCAUCUUACUGUCAUCAGGAAAUGAUCUGGACGUGUUUGACCUGAAGAAAUACUCUGCUUCAGAGGAGGCUCUUCUGAGGCUGCUGCCAGUGGUCAAAGCCUCCAAAAAAGCUCUGUUGAGUGACUGUAACCUCUCAAAGAGAAGCUGUGAAGCGCUGUCCUCAGUUCUCAGCUCCCCAUCCUCUCAUCUCAGAGAGCUGGACCUGAGUAAGAACAACCUGCAGGAUUCAGGAGUGAAGCUGCUCUCUGCCGGACUUCAGAGUCAACACUGCACACUGGAGACUCUCAGGUUGAGUCAGUCCAGACUCACACAGAAGUGCUGUGAGGAGCUGUUGUCCAUUCUCAGCUCCAAGUCCUCCAGUCUCAGAGAGCUGGACCUGAGUAACAACAACUUGCAGGAUUCAGGAGUGAAGCUGCUCUCCGGCGGACUACAGAGUCCACACUGUACAAAGAUUCUCAGGUUGAGUGGCUGUAACCUGUCAGAGAGAAGCUGUGAAGCUCUGUCCUCAGCUCUCAGCUCCCAGUCCUCUUGUCUUAGGGAGUUGGACCUGAGCAACAACGACCUGCAGGAUUCAGGAGUGAAGCUACUCUCUGCUGGACUUGAGAGUCCAAACUGCAGACUGGAGACUCUCAGGUUGAGUCAAGCCAAGCUGACGAAGAACUGCUGUCAGGAGUUUUUAUCAGUUCUCGGCUCACAGACCUCGAGUCUCAGAGAGCUGGACCUCAGUAACAACGACCUGCAGGAUUCAGGAGUGAAGACACUCUCUAAUGGACUGAAUAGUCCACAAUGUAAACUGGGGACUCUCAGCCUUUCAGGUUGUCUGAUCACAAAGAAAGGCUGUACUUCUCUGGCCUCAGCUCUGAAAUCCAACCCGUCUCAUCUGAGAGAGCUGGACCUGAGCUACAACCAUCCAGGAGACUCAGGAGUGAAGCUGCUCACUGCUAGAAAGGAGGAUUCACAGUGUAGGCUGGACACACUCAGGCUUGAACAUUGUGGGGAGCAGAGGCUGAAACCUGGUCUGAGGAAGUAUGCCUGUGAACUCACACCGGACACAAACACAGUGAACAGAAACCUCAAACUGUCCGAUGACAACAGGAUGGUGACGGCAGUCAGAGAGAAGCAGCCGUAUCCUGAUCGUCCGGAGAGAUUUGACAACUGGUCCCAGCUGCUGUGCAGAGAUGGUCUGACUGGUCGCUGUUACUGGGAGGUGGAGUGGAGAGGAGAGGUGGAGGUAUCAGUGAGUUACAGAGGAAUUGGGAGGAAAGGAAAUGGUGCUGACUCCUGGUUUGGAGGAAAUGAUCAGUCCUGGAGUCUGAGCUGCUGUGAGGUUAAUGGUUAUUCUUUUAGCCACAAUGACAGAACAACAAGUGUGUCCUCCUCCUCCUCCUCCUCCUCCUCCUCCUCCUCCUCUGUCUCUCACAGAGUAGCAGUGUAUGUGGACUGUCCUGCUGGCUCUGUGUCCUUCUACAGAGUCUCCUCUGACUCUCUGAUCCACCUCCACACCUUCAGCACCAGCUUCACUGGACCUCUUUAUCCUGGGUUUGGGUGUGGGCUGCCUGGUUCAGUGUCUCUGUGUUCACUCAACCGAAGAACCCGCUGGUGGAGAUCAGCGGUGAAGGAGGUUGUCAAGCGGGAAAAGGAGGCCUUUCGGGCUUUUUUGCCCCGGGGUCUCCUGAAGCAGCAGACAGAGGUCACUGAGGUUGUCAAAAAGCUCCUCGGUGGAAAGGUGCCAGGUGUGCAUGAGAUUCAGCCUGAGAUGCAGAAGACUCUGGACAUUGUGUCGGUGUGUGAAUCCGCCGCUUCAGUCCAAACUCAGGUGAGGUUUUGUUUGUGUGAAGGUGAGAGCUCUGCUAUGGACCAGUGUGGGGACGCAGAGGACGGAGACGGUCCCUCUAAAUCCGCUCUUUUGAGGGAACAUGAAGGCCAGAGCAAAGAUCUGAGCCCAGAUCGGCAGCAGAGACCAGACUCUUCUGGACCUGAACCUAGCUGUUUGUCCAUCAAGAGCCAGCAGUCCAAACAUCAACCUUUACUGUUUAACAAACAACUUCCUGCAGAGAGUCAUUUUUCUCAGCAGGUUUUUGGUGGCCAGUCUGACAAACACCAUUCAACAGAUUUGGACUCCGUAUUUUUGCAUCUUAAGGAAAGCAUUGCCGUCUUUGCGAAGAACGAGCUGCAGAAGUUCCAACACAUUCUGAGUCUAGAUUACCCCGAAUGCUUAGAGAGUCCGACUGAGGAUGAUGAGGUGUUGGAUGGAGAGGAUGGAGAGCAGAGGAGGAGCAGCAGGGAGGCGUUUCUGAAGCUCACGCUGAACCUUCUGAGGAAGAUGAAGCAGGAGGAGCUGGCUGACUGUUUGCAGAGCAGAACUGUCACUGCAGUUUGUCGAGGUAAACUCAAAUCAAUGCAGAGGAAGUUUCAGUGUGUGUUUGAGGGGGUCGCUAAAGAAGGAAACCCGACCCUCCUGAACGAGAUGUACACAGAGCUCUACAUCACAGAGGGAGGGACUGCAGAGGUCAAUGAUGAACAUGAGGUCAGACAGAUCGAAUCAGCAUCCAGGAAUCCAGACAGACCAGAAACAACCAUCAGACAAGAAGACAUCUUUAAAGGCUCACCUGGACGAGACGAACCGAUCAGAACAGUGAUGACAAAGGGAGUGGCUGGCAUCGGGAAAACGGUCCUAACACAGAAGUUCACUCUGGACUGGGCCGAAGACAAAGCCAACCGGGACAUCCGGUUCACGUUUCCAUUCACGUUCAGAGAGCUGAAUGUGCUGAAAGAGAAAAAGUACAGCUUGGUGGAGCUUGUUCAUCACUUCUUCACUGAAACCAAAGAAGCGGGAAUCUGCAGGUUUGAAGACUUCCGGGUCGUCUUCAUCUUUGACGGUCUGGAUGAGUGUCGACUUCCUCUGGACUUCCACAACAACGAGAUCCUGACCGACGUCUCAGAGUCCACCUCAGUGGAUGUGCUGCUGACAAACCUCAAGGGGAAACUGCUUCCCUCCGCUCGCCUCUGGAUAACCACACGACCUGCAGCAGCCAAUCAGAUCCCUCCUGAGUGUGUUGACAUGACAGAGGUCAGAGGGUUCACCGACCCACAGAAGGAGGAGUACUUCAGGAAGAGGGUCAGAGAUGAGGAGCAGGCCGGCAGGAUCAUCUCCCACAUCAAGACUUCCCGAAGCCUCCACAUCAUGUGCCACAUCCCAGUCUUCUGCUGGAUCACUGCUACAGUCCUGGAGGACGUGUUGAAGACCAGAGAGGGAGGACAGCUGCCCAAGACCCUGACUGAGAUGUACAUCCACUUCCUGGUGGUUCAGACCAAACUGAAGAACGUCAAGUAUGACGGAGGAGCUGAGACAGAUCCACACUGGAGUCCAGAGAGCAGGAAGAUGAUGGAGUCUCUGGGAAAACUGGCUUUUGAGCAGCUGCAGAAAGGAAACCUGAUCUUCUACGAGUCCGACCUGACAGAGUGUGGCAUCGAUAUCAGAGCAGCCUCAGUGUACUCAGGAGUGUUCACACAGGUCUUUAAAGAGGAGAGAGGACUGUACCAGGACAAGGUCUUCUGCUUUGUCCAUCUGAGUGUUCAGGAGUUUCUGGCUGCUCUUCAUGUCCAUCUGACCUUCAUCAACUCUGGAGUCAACCUGCUGUCAGGAGAAAGAAAGACUUCCUGGUGGUGGUUUCUUUUCAAACCUGAACCGACACGUCUCUACCAGAGUGCUGUGGACAAGGCCUUACUGAGUCCAAAUGGACACCUGGACUUGUUCCUCCGCUUCCUCCUGGGUCUGUCACUGGAGACCAAUCAGACUCUCCUACAAGGUCUGCUGACGUGGACAGGAAGUAGCUCAAAGACCAACAAGGAAACAGUUGAGUACAUCAAAAAGAAGAUCGGUGAGAACCUGUCUCCCGAGAGAAGCCUAAAUCUGUUUCACUGUCUGAAUGAACUGAAGGAUGUCUCUCUGGUGGAGGAGAUCCAACAGUCCCUGACUUCAGGACGUCUGUCCACAGAUAAACUGUCUCCUGCUCAGUGGUCGGCUCUGGGCUUCAUCUUACUGUCAUCAGAAACAGAUCUGGACAUGUUUGACCUCAAGAGAUACUCCUCCUCAGAGGAGGUUCUUCUUAGGCUGCUGCCAGUGGUCAAAUCUUCUGACAAAGCUCUGCUGAGUGGCUGUAAUCUGUCAGAGAGAAGCUGUAAAGCUCUGUCCUCAGUUCUCUGCUCCCGAUACUCUAGUCUGAGAGAGCUGGACCUGAGUAACAACGACCUGCAGGAUUCGGGAGUGAAGCUGCUCUCUGCUGGACUAGUGAGUCCACACUGUACACUGGAGACUCUCAGGCUCUCGGGCUGCCUUAUCACAGAGAAAGGCUGUACUUCUCUGGCUUCGGCUCUGAGAUCCAACCCCUCCCAUCUGAGAGAGCUGGACCUGAGCUACAACCAUCCAGGAGACUCAGGAGAGAAGCUACUCACUGCUGGACUUAAGGAUCCACACUGGAGACUGGACACUCUAAGGUUGGACAAUGGUGGGGAGCAGUGGUUAAAACCUGGCCUGAGGAAGUAUGCCUGUGAACUCAAAGUGGACACAGACACAGUAAACAGACACCUCAAACUGUCCGACAACAACAGGACGGUGACUCACGUGAGAGAGAAGCAGCCGUAUCCUGAUCAUCAGGAGAGAUUUGACUACUGGUAUCAGCUGCUGUGCAGAGAUGGUUUGACUGGUCGCUGGUACUGGGAGCUGGAGUGGAGUAGACGGGUUGAUAUAUCAGUGAGUUACAGAGGAAUCAGCAGGAGAGGAAACACCGCUGACUGCAGGUUCGGAGGGAAUAAUAAGUCCUGGUGUCUGUUUUGCUCUGAUGUUGAUGGUUACGCUGUUUGGCACGAUAACAUAAGAACAGACCUCCCUUACAAGUCCUCCUCGUCCUCAUCGUCCUCCGUCUCUCACAGAGUAGGAGUGUAUGUGGACUAUCCUGCUGGCUCUCUGUCCUUCUUCAAAGUCUCCUCUGACUCUCUGAUCCACCUCCACACCUUCAAGACCACCUUCACUGAACCUCUUUAUCCUGGCUUUGGUUUCUGGUUGUCUGAUACUUCAGUGUCUCUGUGCUCACUGACGGACGAAGACUCUUCGCCUGUGUAGAUAAACACAUCAUCAUGAUGACAAAAUGAAAAACAGGCUGUAAAAUUAAUAUAUAAUAUAGAUCCAGGAGAAUAUUAGACAACUUCUAGUAGUGUUUAGUAGAGUACUCCAUAUCAAUAAAGUACAAUUUCUCAAACAAAACAUUUACUCAAGUACAAAUGACAAAAACAUCUUGGUUAAAAAAUGACUCAAAGUAUAGGUUAGGUUAUGUAUAGGUAUAGGUAUUAGGUAUAGGUUAGUUUCCAUUUUAAUAUUUUUUAGGAUGUGCUGGAAAGGCAGGAACAGCACUUUUGACAUUCUCUGAAUGCAAUGUCUCAAGAACACCACGAGAGACUUUCUUUAAAUUUGGUGCAAAUGUUUGAGUAGACUAAAGGAUGAACUGAUUAGAUUUUGGUGGUCAAAUGUCAAGGUCACUGUGACCUUCUGUGUCUUGUUCUUGUCAACGCGAUAUCUCAAGAACACCGUGAAGGACUUUCUUCAAAUUUGGCACAAAUGUCCACUUUGACUUAAGACUGAUCUGAUCAGGAUCUGGUGGUGGUCAUAGGACAAAGGUCACGGUCAUUGACCUUUUAUAUCUUGCUCUUAUGAAUU